AUGACGCUCCUUCAGUUUCUUCGACAAGCCCGUCAAGUGCACCUUGAAUUCCUCUCGGGGGCCCUGGUUGAACCCCCGAUCUAUGUGAUCGGCAAUCCCUCUGCUGACCUUGACUCGAUUGUCUCGGCUAUCAUCUACUCCUACUGUGCCAACAACCGGCUCCCAAUCAAAACCCCACGACCCCAUAUCCCGCUUCUGAACCUCCCCAAUUUCCCUGCUGGCACGGAGCUAUUUAGACUACGGCCAGAAUUUGCGGCUGCAGUAUGGUCAUCAACCAAUUUCCCUGUUCUGAGGAAUGAAGAGCAAUUUGAGAACACACUGCAAUCUGCAGGGAACUUCCUCCGCGAGCAUGUCAUGACUGUCGCUGACUUCGUGCAAUCCCUCGAAGAUCAACAUGUUAUGAAACAGAUCAUUGCCGAAGCGACGCUGGUUGAUUGGAACGCGUUGUCGUGCCCUUCAAAGACUGACAAGGGCUUUGGAUCCUUGAUCGGAUUGCGGGGAGCCUCUUUCCGGACUAUCGGAUGCAUCGAUCACCACGUUGACGAGCACUUCAUGCCCAGUCCUGAAUCACUACCAGAGGGUCAGCCGAUGAUCAUUCAGCCCGGUCCCGGGUCAUGCGCUUCGCUCAUCAUAAGAGAGUUGCAACAACGGAAACUCUUGGAUGCGGCUCCGGCAGAGAUGGCACAGCUCGCUAAACUUGCUCUUUCCGCGGUGCUGAUCGAUACCUCUAAUCUCACUGCGGAAGGCAAAGUCACCGAUGUAGAUCGAGACGCUGUCAAGUUCCUGCAAUCUCAAAUCGAAGCUAUAUCAGAUAAUUGGGAGCUUGAGGCGUUCUACAAGAGCAUUCUCCAUGCCAAACAGCACAGUCUCGAUCUUCUUACUUUGGAUGAGAUAUUAGACCGCGAUUAUAAAGACUGGACUGAGACCUCGCAGUCCUCCGGUAAGACCGUGAAAAUGGGCUUCUGCUCUACCGUCAAGCCGAUCCGAUGGAUUGUCCAGAAGGCAGGUAGUCAAGAGAAGUUCCUCGAUGCGAUACGCUCGUUCGCGGCUUCUGCCGAGAAAGACUUGGAUGUUCUCGUCGUUAUGACGGCGUUCACGGGCAGUGAUGAUCAAUUCUGUCGGGAGCUGUUCGUCUCUGUGAUGCGUGACAAUGAAUCGGCUACUACAGGUGUCAAGAGGUUUGUCGAGCAGACGUCUGACCAGCUCGGGCUUGUCAAAUGGUCUGCGCUUGAUGAGGAGGAUAUCCAUGAGCUGACAGGGGAUUGUCUUCCUGCCUUGACCUCGGAGUCGCCUUUCUGGCGGAAAUUAUGGGUGCAGACUAAUGCUGCUGGGAGUAGGAAGCAGGUUGCGCCGUUGCUGCGGGCGGCAGUAGCUAAAUUGUAA